AUGGCCGUAUUAGGAUCAGCGAUACGUAGUGUGUUAAGAAUCCGACCACCCCAUACCGAUAAGACUCUUCGUCUUAAGAAACACCAAGUUAUUGUAGAAAAGAACAACCAAGAAAUUCAAUUCGUUUUUGAUGACUGUUAUGGUAGCAAAACAAGCCAGCAAGAGAUAUACCAAGUCGUUGAGCCUUAUUUAGAUAACAUUGCUCGCGGUAUCAAUACCACAGUCAUGGCCUAUGGUGCUACAGGGUCAGGAAAGACCUAUACAAUGUCAGGCACCGAUACAUCUCCAGGCCUUGUGCCACGUAUAGCUGCUUCUCUCUUUGGCAAGUACUACGAGACUUUAUCCAUUCUCUUCACCAUCCGACUGAGUAUGUCCUAUAUGGAGGUCUACAAUGAAAAGGUCUACGAUCUUCUCAGUGAUUCCCGCGAUCCUUUACCCGUACGUGAAGAUGCCCAGGGUCGUGUAAUUGUGCCCGGCCUAGAAGAGAAGAACUUAGCUAAUUUAGAGGCUUUUAAUACAUAUUACCGUGAUGGACACCGGCGGCGCAAGAUGCGACGGACUCUACUGAAUACAGAAAGUAGUCGAAGUCAUUCACUCCUAACCCUAAUUGUAUCUCUAGCCACUGAUGUCUCUGUUUUACGCACUAAGAUCAAUUUAGUCGAUCUAGCCGGUAGUGAGAAUAAUCGGCGGACUGGAAAUGAAGGGAUCAGUAUGGUGGAGAGUGCUAGUAUUAAUCGUAGUCUUUUUGUACUUAACAAAGUAGUUGAUAGUUUGGGUAAGGGCGAGUCUCGAAUUCCUUAUCGUGAUAGUAAACUCACUCGUUUACUUAGUGAUUCACUUGGUGGUACUAGUGACUGUAUUUUAAUUCUCACUGUCAGUGGUGAUACUUCCUGUGAAACUUUAAGUUCUCUAGCCUUUGCUGGUAAGAGUCGUCAAGUCCGUCUUCUGCCUACACCGGAAAAGGUCCGAGCUAAUCCCUGGACGCCCAAACCUUCAGCACAUUCGCACGCCAAAGUAAGUUCUAAAGUCGCACUUAAAGCCAGUACUAAAACCCCAACCAGCAGCACCGGCACUAAAUUCCAAUUACAUACAUCCCAAACCAAAUCUCAUCCCCAGCCGCAUCGCUCUAUAACUCCAACCACAUCCCUUUCCAGUCCAGCCGGCCCCGUAACAACACAUACUCAACCAAGAUCUAAUCUACAUACCUCUCCACCCAAAUCAAACCCUAUCCAGUAUACUCUUGAUGUUCUGAUUGCGAUUCUCAAUAGCCAGGACUUUCUUAAAAUCAAGUCUCUUCCUCAAAUCGGCGAUAGACGUGCCGAUAAGAUCCUUACCUUUUCAAAAACCACUAGCAUUACUAACAUGCAAGAUUUAAUUAAGGCUGGGAUUCCCAAAAAGGUAGUACAAUCCCUAUCAGCCAGUGUGUCUAAGUAA